UGUCUCCAGCGCCUCCAGGAAACAGAUAGAGAAUUUUGUCCCUCUUGUUCAUUAUCGCACAAGAUUUUUUUAAGAAGGUGAUUCUGGACGGUGGACACGCUGGACGCGGAGCAGGAUCCACGCAGGAGGCACAAACCGGAGACUGUUUUCUUCCUUUGCGGCUUUAACACGAUGGAGCCUGCCUUCGGUGAGGUGAACCAACUCGGUGGUGUUUUCGUAAACGGUCGGCCGCUCCCCAAUGCCAUCCGGCUCAGGAUAGUGGAGCUGGCCCAACUUGGGAUUCGACCAUGUGACAUCAGCAGGCAGCUGCGAGUCUCCCACGGCUGCGUGAGUAAGAUCCUGGCUCGCUACAACGAGACCGGCUCCAUCCUCCCGGGGGCCAUCGGAGGCAGCAAGCCGCGGGUUACCACACCCACCGUGGUCAAGCACAUACGGACUUACAAGCAGAGAGACCCAGGGAUUUUUGCCUGGGAGAUCCGGGACAGGUUACUGGCUGACGGAGUUUGCGACAAGUUCAAUCUGCCCUCCGUCAGCUCCAUCAGCCGGAUCCUCCGGAACAAGAUUGGGAAUCUGUCCCAGCAGAGUCAGUAUGAGUCGGGCAAGCAGGCGCCUCACCCACCGCCACAACCAACGUUACCUUAUAACCACUUAUACUCAUACCCGACAUCCAAAGUGCCUACUCCCCCCGGUAUGCCCACCCUUCCUGGACACAUGGCCAUGCACAGGAUAUGGCCCUCCUCGCAUUCUGUUACAGAUAUUCUGGGGAUACGGUCCAUUACAGAGCAACAAAUUAGUGACAGUCCAUCCUUUUCCAGCGCCAAACUAGAAGAAUGGAGCGCUAUAAACAGGAGUAAUUUCCCACCAGCAAGCUCUCCGCUAGUCAAUGGCAUGGAUAAAUCGCAUUUAGAACCUGAAGCAAAAUACUCACAGACGCCGAAUGGAUUGCCCACAGUGAACAGCUAUGUCACAGCACCCAGCAUCCCUCCCUACCACCCUCCCACCCAAGUGUCACCCUACAUGGGGUACAGCGCCACCACGUCGGCCUAUGUGACCGGACCCACAUGGCAGCCGGCCAGUGGCAGUGCUCUAUCUCCCCACAGCUGUGACAUCUCCACUUCUUUGGCCUUCAAGAGCAUGACAGCCAGUCGUGACACCAUCCACCGGGUCGCUGCAUCGGUGCUGUGAAAUCAGCUCCAUGGACUGGUGUUGGAAAGAUGGAGGGGAGUGGGGGGUCGUGUCAGAGUCAGAGAUGGACAGGACAGGAGACUCCAGGUCUGUCCCAGCGUGGCUUCAUUUUACUUCCAUUGCCAUCUUUCUAUGAAGGACUCAGGGCCAUGGGACCCAGAUUUGUGCUGUUGAGCAUGAGACGCAUCCCCCUCACUCCCCUCUCAGCUAAGACCAAAGAUACACAAGGAGUAAACAGUCAAUACAACAAACUUGUUGUCUAAAAGAACUUGCAGGACAGGUGUUCUGAAGGACUAAUGUGUGACUGCUACUCCAUCCAUCAACAUAAUUCCUCUCAGAUUUUUUACUGCACACGUCCGCAAAUGUCUUUGGGAAAAGUGGGGUAAUGUAUAACUUCAUGAAUCCGCUAUCAAAGAAAAGGGAAAACACUUUGCAUGAGUGUUUCAGGGUGCUUGUUAAUUGAUAUAGAUUUUUUUUUAAUGUUUGUAUGAUUUUUCUUGUUAAAGAUUUGAUAAAAAAAUGGAGCAUCGUUUUUCCACUCUUUUAAAAAUGUAGCCUAUGCAAGAGCUCCACAGAGAAGUUUAUUUAUUACAUUAAGGUGCGUUGAAUGAAGUGCAAUUAGCCUUACAGAAUGCAUGGAAAUCUCCUCACACAUUUGGAAAAUAAUUGGCUUGGACUUAUGUUGGAGUAUAGAGCAUUAACAAUUGACAAGUGUUGCACAAUGAAAUUGAAUGUAUCUUAUUAAAUUGUUUGGCUGUUAUUGGUCUUCAUAGAGUUUGCUGGUUGUUUGGUAAAUUCACAGUACAGAAGACACAUGCACCAUCGCAGCCUAAACUAUUUUUAAAUUCUGUCACCCUUUGCUACCAGAUAUGCACAUUUCAGAAUUGUGGGUCCUUGUGAUUUGUUUUACAUGAAUGGGAAACUGUUUUUCAUGAGAAAAAAAGAAAAAAUGUGCGCGCUCUCACAGCCUGUAUUUUCAAUUUCCAUACGUCAUGGAUCAUUAGGAAAGUCCAUCAGAAAUGCUGUGAGCACACAGUGUUUGCCACCACAUAAAGCAGUACUUCUAAAAAUCUUUUGGUCAUUAAAACAGCGCAGAUCGGAACAUGUUCUCACCUCGUUAGGUUUAAUAUGGGCUGUAGUUUAGCUGAAUGAUAACACAAUAUAUGGUUUAAUGAAAUUCUAUAUUUUUUAAAUGACUAAUUCUGAAAAAGUUGCCAUAUUUUUGUAUAAGAUAUAAUUUAUCUUAAAGAAAUCACAGAUUUUACAUAUUUUUUUCUUUUUUGCUUUAGCAGAUAAAGGUGCCUUUUGUAAAUAGUAAUAUAUUUUCCUGUUAGAAUUUUAAAUAUUUUUAAACAGUUGAAAUACACAGAAUUUUUAAAUUGGGUUUAGUGGAAGAAACUGUAAAUAAGAGCGCCAGUCAGAUGAACACAAUGUGUGCCGAAGCCUCUCAGACCGGGGUGAGGGGGAGUCCACGUUCAUUAAAAGAGCCACAAAUUGGCUCAUCAGCCUGCAGCCUCUGAGGUCAUCAGACAUGUGACCCAAGAGCAAACCUUCAGCAGCCAGCUAAGGGGGCCAUUUGGGGCUUGUUGGGGCCAACUUAAAAAGGAAAGCACAUAAGACAGCUGACAAAUUUGCAAAAUGACAUAAAAAUACUUUCUGCUUGUUUUUAGAGGACAAAUGUGUGAAGUAAUAUAUUAUCUGGAAAGUCAGACAAGCCUCAUCUCGCCCUGCUUUGGAAACCUGGGAUUUAAACAAGCAGCAUGGAGGUGCAGAUUGAUCACUAGAUAAAGUUGCUCACCUGCUCUUUCACAUUGCUGCAUGUUGAUUUAGCUAUGGCUCCAUGUUUCUAUCUGUUUGGUGUUACAGCAUAAACAGUCCCUUCCGUGUGACAGUGUCAACAGUCCUCCCCGUGCAGGAGCUGAUUUGACUUGGAAAGCACCCUUCCCCGCAUCCAGUGGUCACGGACCGUUGCUCAGGGAUCGUGGUGUUUCUUUGACCGUACGUGAACCACAUCACAGGACGUGAUGAUCAUACACUGGCUGUACCAGCCAGCCAUCACGGCCACCCCUUCACCAUCCACCAUCCAUCACGAACAGCAAAUCAUAAUUAACUCUCAGAGUGGCAUGAAAGGGUUGUUACAUGCUCUGUUUUUUUUUUACCUCAGCCUGCACACAACAAGGCCAAACAACUUUUCCUUUCAACUGAGCUACAAGAACUAUACAGUCUUGUUAGCCUUCUCUGACUCAUGCACUAACAUCAGACCCUCCUAACUAGCACCAGUGUUUAAAAAACAGGAAUAAAGCAUUUUCUGGAAAAGAGAGAGCUUCUCAAAAGUUAGAUAAUUCCUGCUCUUGUACUUUAAUGUUGGUCAGAUUUAUCGUCAAAAAGGCAUAGUUUUAAAAAUAGGGGCAGACACAUGUUUAUAAUUAAUUAUGCUGAGUCUGACUUCAGUGUCAUAUGGUUAUCUUUACUUCUCCACAUGCAAUCAGAAACAAGACAGCCAUAUGCAGUAACAGCAGUAACACAGAGCAGAGAAUGUUGACACUGGCUAAAUGUAGGACUCCAUGCGUGUUUCUUCUCAAUGAGCAUUUUUAAAAGAAGCUGACGACAGCCAGAGUAUUUUCUUAAUGUUUUAAAACAACUACGUUCUGUAGGCAGGUUAGCAAAACCUCUUAAGAAGAAGAAGAAGAAGAAAGAAAUUCAGGUUUGAAAAUCAAAACACGUCUUCUGCCGAGCCUUUUUGUAUGUUUGCAUGGUCCAGUGCUUUUUUAAUGUCGAGUAAAUUGUGGACAUUUUAAUGCACAUUAACCUUUAGCUGCAUUUACAUUUUGAGAGACAGGCAGAGCCAUGCCCAGAUAGCAGGCUUGUCAAAGUGGAGAUGAAAUAUUAAAGAUGGAGAUGAGGAAAACCCACAAAAAGGGUGUGAAAAAAGAAGAUUUUUGCUGCUGCUGAUUUAUGAUCAGUAAGGUGUGUAGGGAAUUCAGGGUGGCUGUGUUGCUUGGCUACGAGCAACACAUGCGCAAGCUACAAACUGUCAGGUUUGAAACAAACAUCUGCAUUGAGCACUCCAUUUCAAAAAGGACAGGUUAAACACUAACAAUUCCACCAGUCUGCAAGCCGCAGUUGUUAGUCUGUCAUCACAGGCCUCUGGGCAAAAAACCAGGAGCCGUUCAAUUUGGCACUAAGAAACUCCCACAUUAAGGGUGGCUGUCAAAUGCCAGCGUGGCUCAGUAUGAGCUGCUACCAGAUGAGGUUAAGAUGAGUGUCUUAGAGAGCAGCCACUACGCCUACGGCUGUGCAACAGGUGUGUGUGCGUUUGCAUAUUUGUGGAAGAGAUAGACUGGAAAAGGGAGGGAAUGUGUGCAGCCACAUUUAAAUUUCUUUAGCUUGUUGUUUUAGCUCGCACUAAAGCUAUGCUUAGACUCCCAAUACUCGCCACAGAAAGAGAAAAGACUGACACUCGUUGGGAGGGAAUGUCAAAAAGGGGAAGAUGGUGUGGUAAACUGAAGGAAGUUAAUGUGCUUAUAUCAGCGGCAAGCUGAAACGUUUCCAGUAAAUACAAGCAUGUGACAACACAAACCUACAAUUAGAGGACCAACGAGAGUGUAGCCCACCUUCAACACACAGACAUACACAAACAAACCAGUGAGAUCACUUUUUUUUCCCCCCUUUUAUUUAUUUAUUAUAUUUUAUACAAGCCAAAUCAUUUUCCAAACUUCUUGAAAGUGUGUUUUAACAACAAUUAACUAAAUGAACAACUUUUUAUAAAAUUUUGAAAAAAUGAGGGUGUAAAAUUGCACUUUAUCAUAAACAAUAUUAGUGUUAAAGAACACUGCAGUAAUUUGAUUACGUGCCAUGAUAUGAUCAAAACAUGUAAUUAAGAUCAAAGAUGUUCAGAAAUUAAAUUGUCAAAUUAAAGGGAAACCCAAACUCCUGUGCACAACUACUUGAUGUGACAGUUUGAGUACAGUUGUUCCCCCACGUGGAGGUAAUCUGCAUCUGUUCAAGUAUGUAAAAAUGGUUAAGUUUGGAGUGACCUAGACAUUCACAAGCUGGUUUUGACUUGUCUGCAGACCUGAUUUGUAGUAUGCAUGGACAGAAUAUCUCCCUGUGUAUACCCAAAUUCAUUACAAAUGUAUGGAAACAUCCCCCUUUUGGAUACUACAAUAUAAGAUCAACCAAAUAAGCAUGCAUUUGGCUGCCUUUACUGUAGAAAAGCGCAUCACAGCAGAUCAUUGCUCUGCAGGCCUUCUCACUGAUCACUGUUAUCCUAUUAAAGCAUUAAUUAAUUACAUUCUGAUGGAGGUGGUCUCCUUCAGAAUAAAAAUGACUUCAUCCACAAGGGAUGAGUAGUCAUUCACUGGUUUGACCAUUGGAAAUCCAGUCAAGAGUGAAGCUGUUCUGGCAGUAAAUGGGGGCCCAGCACCUUACUGUGACACUUAAUCUUGAUUUUCCCCAUUAAUUUGUCAUCAGUUUGUAUGUGCACAAGUAGACACACAUUAAUUCAAUAGCUGUAGUGUGUGUGAUAGGCAGAUUUAAAAAAUAUGCUCCUUUAUUUACAGUUUCUUUUCUUAUAGGUAUUGUAGAUUAAUGGAUAAUAAAGCAGCUGGAGACCAUGUUUAGACUUCAAAGUCAGAUUAAUCUUAAUUAAGUGUAAGUUUGACCAUUUCCAUGCAAUCAUAAAGGGACUGCCGUGUAAACAUGACUAUUCUUGGUGCUUUGUGUCAUUUAAACAUCAAAACAAAUUAAAUUGAUUUUAUAUGUAAGUUUAAGUAUUUACUGAACAGUCUACCUUAGAACUGUGAAGGAGAUCUAGUCAAGUGAGUGUAAAGGUAACAAAUCCACAGCUGUCACUAGAUUCUGAGUCAGAUUAUCUGAACUCUGAUUGGUGCACAGAAUUAUGUGACAUCACCUUUUUCCAUCUAAACACCACCCACUUCAAACCAGUGAGAAAACUAUGGAGAAAUACACGUAAAACCAUCCCUUAAAUGGGAUUUAAAAACAAAAGAAAACAGUUUAGAAAACUUUCUGUUCAUGCAGGACCAAACAAACAAUAAACUCUUUGAAACAUCAAGUUUACAGAGAAUUUAAAACAUAUUCACCCGAUGUA